GCACUUGGAUGUGGGUGUGUGGGACAGGCUGUCCUUAGCCGAGGAGCCCAUGGUGGGCCCAUGACAGUAUCGGUUGGAUUUGCAAUGGCAGUCACCAUAGCAGUGUAUGUGUCUGGGGGGGUUUCUGGUGGUCACAUAAACCCAGCUGUUUCAUUAGCCAUGUGCGUGACUGGAAGAUUAAAAUGGACCAAAUUACCAAUUUACAUGUUAGCACAACUCCUGGGAGCAUUCGUUGGAGCAGCGGCUGUCUUUGGGAUUUAUUAUGAUGCCUUUAUGGAGUAUAGCAAUGGAACGCUUGAAGUCACAGGACCUAACGCAACAGCACAUAUCUUUGCAACUUAUCCAGCUCCAUAUCUGUCCCUCAUAAGUGGAUUUGCAGAUCAGGUGAUGUCAACAGCUGUUCUUCUUCUGGCUAUAUUCGCUAUUUUUGACACCAGAAAUAAUGGCGUACCAAAGGGCCUGGAGCCAAUUGCAGUAGGACUUCUUAUAAUCGUUCUUACUUGCUCCUUGGGAAUGAACAGUGGCUGUGCCAUGAACCCAGCCAGGGAUCUAGGCCCAAGGCUCUUCACAGCCGUUGCAGGAUGGGGGAUGGAAGUAUUCACGUAA